GUCGUGCCAACAGCCUGAGAUUAAGACUUGGCUCGUCUCUGACAGUCCGGGCUGACGCGCACGGAUGGGCGUCACCGGCGCUGCUGGCGGUGGGAGGAGAAGCUCACCGGAGCGCAGCAGACGUGCACACGGUCAGAGUCGGUAAUAACCUGUUCACCAUGCUGGACCGCGGGCUCGGCUGCCUCCCGGUCGUCCUGUUGCUGCUGCUGCCGCCGCCGCCGCCGCUGCUGCGCGGUCCGGGGCGCGUCGUGGAAGUCGCGGUGGCGGCGGAGUACUCCUCCUCCAAGACCGACCUGGACUACGAGUUCGGCGACUACCGGGGGAAGUGGUGCAUCGACGACCACGGGUUCGUGUACGCCAUCGGAGAGGUGUACUACCCCAGCCCUUCGGCGUGUCCGUGCACGUGCACCGUUGACGGCCCGGUGUGCAUCCGACCCAAGUGUCCGCGCAUCCACCCCCGGUGCACGAGGAUCAGGUAUAAGGCGUGCUGCCCGGUGUGUGAGGCUAUGGCCAGAGUCUGUGUCUACGGGGGCAAAACGUACAGACCGCUAGAGGAGUUCAGGGUGAGAAACAUCCAAACUUCUACAUCCCUCCAUCCUCCCCCCACCACCCUCCAUCCACCAGUCCACAGCUCCACCCGGCUGUCCAGAUGUGAGCGAUGUCGCUGUGAGGCCAACAGAGAGGUGUACUGCAGCAUUUCGGACUGCCCAGCCCCACACUGCGUCAACCCCACCUACGAACCCAACCACUGCUGCCCCAUCUGUAAGACCGGUCCCAACUGCUUUGCUGGGAACAGGGUGAUCCCAGCAGGGGAGCGUGUCAACAUUGAUGAGCGGACGGUGUGCUACUGCACCUACCGGGACGGGACGUGGCACACCCACCCUCAGGCCACCUGUGAACAGCGCCCCCAGCCCAGCCCCACGGUGAACCCCCGCACGGAGCCCCCCAGGGACGAGAACACCAGAGGGAGAGGGGGAAGACCAUAUAUUCCCAGGCUAGAUGUGAUACCAUGAAUGGGAGUGGGGUUUUGUUUGUCUCAUAGAGGCAGAGCCGCUCUUCAGUGUUGGUGUGGCUCUGAAUAGCAGGUCGGUCUGGACAGGAUUUAGACGGACGUUCAUUAAUUAAACACUGGAGUUUCCACCCAACCUUCUUUUGUUAAACCUGCAGACAUUCUGACUUCAUGACUGGAGCUGAGGACAAACCUGCACACACACAUGGUAUCCAGUGUUUCCUGGUGUUGUGGGUCUUUGUCAAAACCUAGUGUGGCCACAGAUAUUCCCUCACUGCGCUUUAGGACACUGUUCUUAUGUUUCCUUCAUCCCUGCACAUGGACAAAUCUACAGUCUAUCCACCUACCUCCCGCUGCUUCACAGGGAAACAUGGAUGGAGUAGGAGAUGAAGGCAUCGGUGACAGAAGACAAACAUGUUGGAUGCAGGUGGUUGCUUGGUUUCUCUCCACAACCCUGCUGAUCUCCGUCUGGAGGCAGAGCGAGGCCAGGGAUGUCCCGGCAGACGGACUCAGAGCUGAGAGGAACUGUGAGAGCAGAUAAACACACUACCUGGGCUGACAGAUGGUAUACGUGUACGUAGUGCAUGCCAAGCAGCACGUCAUCCUCGCUCUAUACUGUACAUGAGUCUUCUUCUACGGAUUAUUUUCUGACUUCUGAGUUAUGAUGCCAACACAUGCUUUUAGCUAGAAAUGCUCUCCAUCACUGUUGCACAUGUUUUGUUCUACUCAUGUCUGCUGUUUAAGCCUCCUGUUGUCCUCAUUUACAGGCACCAAAAAAUAUUGUUUCCUUGUCUGAAAAAAAAUCCAAAAAUUCUGCAAAAAGUUCCCCAAAUUUCUGAAAAUUUGCAAAAACUUCAGGAAGAAAAUUGAACGUUUUCCUUAAAAGUUUUAUUUUAAAAAAUCCCCCAAAUGUGGCAAGAAAAUUCUUGUAAUUUUCAAAAAAAUGAGUAAAAAUCUUCCAAAAAAUCCUUCACAUAAAAAUCAACCAAAAUCCAGCAAAAUUGGCUGGAUUUUGGUUGAUUAGUGAAUGUUAAGAAAUAUUUUUAACAUUUCCAAAAAUGUUCAAAGAUUUCCCAAAAAUGUUGAAAAUGUGGAUAUCAGAAGUUUCAAUUUUUUUCUUUCCAUUUUCAAACUUUAAAACGGGUCAAUUUUGACCCACAGGACGACACGAGGGUUAAGCGUUCCUAUGUGGUUGCUGUGCAGGGUAGUAUUUAAUAGUACUCAGGUUUAGAACAUUUAUGCCCCUUAGAUUGCCUCAGUAAAGUCUGAAUGUUUACCUCAACACCCUCCCUCUUUAGUGUCCAUGUUUUAUCUCCAGAAUACAGUGUGGUAUCUGUGAAAUAAAGCUAACAGAUGAUCCCGCUUA